UUCCAACCAUCUGCUCUUUCUCACUCAUCUAAACCCUACAAUUGCCUAACACCGCUCCGACUUCCAUCUCUCCGCGGAGCUCUCCCUCCAAACCCAAUAUUUGUCGCUCCAAAACAGACCGGAGAUCAAACAAUGGCAUCGGGCGGCCAAACAAUUUUGCAAUUUCCCCAAGCAUCGACCAAUUUAACGGCAAGGAUUCAUCCAUUAGUCAUCUUUAACAUCUGCGACUGCUUUGUCAGGCGACCCGACCAAGCCGAGCGAGUCAUUGGUACUCUUCUCGGCUCCGUCUUGCCUGACGGCACUGUCGAUAUUCGCAACUCGUAUGCCGUUCCCCAUAACGAGUCAUCAGAUCAGGUUGCAUUAGAUAUUGAUUACCACCAUAAUAUGCUUGCGUCUCAGCAGAAGGUGAAUCCCAAGGAAGUUAUUGUUGGAUGGUUUUCAACUGGGUCCGGAGUCACAGGUGGCAGUGCUUUGAUUCAUGAGUUCUACUCAAGAGAAGUUCCAAAUCCUGUUCAUUUAACUGUUGAUACAGGAUUCACCAAUGCAGGGGCUUCAAUUAAAGCUUUUGUCUCUGUUAAUUUGUUUCUUGGAGAUCAACAACUUGCUGCACAAUUUCAAGAGAUUCCUUUGGACCUACGAAUGGUAGAAGCAGAGCGGGUUGGAUUUGAUAUUCUCAAGACAACAAUGGUUGACAAACUCCCUGGUGAUGUGGAAGGAAUGGAAGCCACGAUGGAACGAUUACUUGCUCUAAUAGAUGAUGUUUACAAAUAUGUUGACGAUGUGGUGGAAGGGCGCGUUGCACCAGAUAAUAACAUUGGAAGAUUUAUAUCAGAUUCUGUAUCCUCCAUGCCAAAACUUUCAUCCCAAGCUUUUGAUAAGCUUGUAAAUGACAGUCUUCAGGAUCAAUUACUCUUGCUAUAUUUGUCAAGCAUCACAAGAACGCAACUUAGCUUAGCCGAAAAGCUGAACACAGCUGCUCAGAUCUUGUAAUUGUACUAAUAAAGUUGUCAACUGGCUCGGAAUCGUCUCAACUUUUUCAUUGAUACUUUUGUAUGGCCAGCUCUUUGGGGAUGUGGUCAUCUUUUUGAAGAAUAUGUAUUGUUCUAUAUCAUAUUCAUGAUUUCCGUUGUUUUUGGUGGCGGCAGUCUGUUUUCUCCCAUUUCUGUACGUCCCACAUUUUUUUCAGGUUAAAGGCCUGAGGCAUACUGUAGAAAUAGUUGCGGAACUUACAAGGUUGACGACUUUUUU